GCAAGAGGAAUUUGUGCCGAAUGUGCUGCACAGAAGAUCUCGAUUCGGAUUUGGAGAAGAAAGAUGCCAAGUGAUGAUGCUUACCUACAGAACCACGUGGCGCGCUCAUUUCUUGGCGAUAUUUGUCUUCGCUUUUGUUGUCUGCUGUUACGCGCAGGAUCGUCAUCAUUGGUAUCGUCAAGCAAGAGCUCAGAUCUUGAAAAAUUUGAGAGACCAAGAGAGUUCGGCCAUUGCCAAGAAUAUCAUUCUGUUUAUUGGCGAUGGGAUGGGUCUCACAACGGUCACGACGGCCAGGAUCUUGAGGGGUCAGCAGAAAGGAUUGAAAGGAGAAGAUUAUGAGUUGGCCUUCGACAAGUUUCAACACGUGGCUCUUGCAAAAACGUAUAACACAGAUAGUCAAGUUGGAGAUUCCGGUGCUUGUGCAACAGCUUUGCUCUGCGGUGUCAAAGGCCGUUUCGAAACUGUUGGUUUGGAUGACAGUGGAGUUUACAAUCGGUGUGACACAAACGCUAGAGCGAAAGUUGUUUGUUUAGGAGAAUGGGCGCAAAGUGCAGGAAAAUCAACUGGACUUGUUACAACAACCAGAGUCACCCAUGCAACGCCAGCUGCUAUGUUCGCUCACUCAGUUAACCGCUACUGGGAAAGUGAUGAGAAACUUGCAAAUGACUCGUCUAAAGCAGACUGCAAAGACAUAGCUAAACAGCUGAUUGAGGACAGUCCUGGGAGAAACAUCAAUGUGAUAUUAGGAGGUGGACGGAGACAUUUUUUAUCGAAGACCGCCUCGCAAAGUAGUUCAAAAAAUAGCAAUGAACGAGACGGAAGGAGGGAGGAUGGCCGGAACCUGAUCGAAGAGUGGAUGAGAGAUAAAAAAAUUCGAGGUCUGUCUUACAAGUACGUGUCCAGGAAGAAAGAGCUAGACAAAGUGGACGCCGUCAAAGUAGAUUACCUCCUGGGACUUUUUACUUCCGGUCACAUGGCGUACGAGUCUGAUCGAGAUAAAGACAGUGAACCAUCUCUUGCUCAAAUGACAGCAAAAGCUAUUGAAAUUUUGAGGAAAAAUUCACAGGGUUAUUUUUUAAUGGUUGAAGGAGGUCGAAUUGAUCACAGCCAUCACUUCAACAAUGCACAUCGAGCUUUAGUGGACACCCUUGCAUUUGAGGAUGCAAUCAUCACUGCCCUGGACAUGACACGAUCAGAUGAGACACUAAUGGUGGUCACUUCCGACCACUCCCACGUUUUCGCUUUCGGUGGAUACCCUAAGAGAGGAAACUCAAUUUUCGGUGUUGACAACAAAGUGUCUGACGUCGAUAACAUGCCUUAUACUACUUUAUUGUAUGCUAAUGGUCCAGGCUAUAACCGAAACUUUCCUGGUGGUCGUGAAAACUUAACCAAUGUAAAUACAGAGGAUAAGAACUACAUCCAGCAAUCAGCUGUUCCCAGAAGAUGGGACUCUCACGGUGGAGAAGACGUACCAGUGUAUGCACAAGGACCAAUGUCUCACCUGGUGCGAGGCGUAUUCGAACAAACCUACGUACCACACGCUUUAGCAUACGCUUCGUGCAUAGGUCCACAAAAAGACGACUGCGAAAGAAGAAAACAAACGUAUCAAAGACAUGUCAUCGAAUGCCCUUCCCCACACAUCGUCAAAGAAGUACUCUAUUCAUUUUCCACACAUUCUCGAAUGCUACCCAGUGUCUGGAGCAUUUCAUUCUUUUGUCUCAUCUGUUUCUGGUUCUUGAAAUCAUGAUGACCAGAAAUGAAAGCGUUCUUUAACACUUUAAGGCUCUGCAGUACAAAGUCAAGAGCGCUGAAACGUUUUUCUUUUCGAUCUGUGCUUUUUAAUUAAUUUCGAUCUCCGUAUAGUAAAUUAUAUUAUGUUUGUAUGUUUGAAAGAUAAUAUUUGAGCAGUAUCAUGAAAAGCCACACUUUUCUAAGACAGGCAUCUUUAUAAUAUCAAGGUAAUUUUAGUACUGAUUGUAGAUAUUUAAUUUACAAAUUUCUGGAACUUCCGCUAGAGGGCAGCGAGUUACCAGAAUUUCCGCUAGAUGGUAGCACAAAUCGGAGAGAAAUUUCAACAAUUACCUAAAAAUCAUUGCGUUUGUACCGCAACUCUCGCAAACAUUUUUAAACUGUGGCUUAUCAUUUUAUUGCCCAAAGCUUAUAUUGGAUGUUACCUUUGAUUAAUUUUUAAAAUACAAAUAACGAAAUGUGUAAUAACAAAAUACAAAUAACAAAAUGUGAAUAACAUUUAACAAAAUGCGGUUUAAAUCAACUGCAUAGUAUUAUUUGUCAUGUAAUGUUAAAUUUUGCAAAAAAGUAUAACGUCGUUUUUUUUUCCUUCUUCUUGUUAAAAC